CCUUGGGGCAACAGCGAGUUCUCGCUUGUGCCAUAUCACUUCAAAGAAACGGAAACUGUUCAAUACUCUAGAUCCUUGUGCGGUUUGAACUCACCCCUAGCUCUCCCACUGUACCCAAUUAAACUUCAUUCCGCACAAACUGGUGCCGAAACCCGGCUUCAUAUCAUAGCUAGUUUGGACCCAAAGUUCAUCCAUAAUCAUCUUCUCACCCUUGGAGAUGUCGGGCCAAGAAGAAUUGCUCCUCCUGGAGAGAGUGCUACUACGUUUUGGAGGGGCAGAUACUGACGAGAAGCUGGAAAAAUCCGUUGGUCGCUUCUUGUGCCCCGUCUUGCUGAAACUAGGCACCGAACGCAAAGAUGUCAGAGACAAGACUUUAGUGCUGACCCACAUAAGCAAGCAGCUGAAGAACAGACUGAAGCUGGCCAUGCCGGUUGAUGCUUUGCUACAGCAGUAUGAGGACUCGACGUUGUCUAGCUUUGUUCACAAUUUCACUGUUGUAUAUCUCAAGAUGGCUCUGGUGCGCAUCGCGCGCGCGGAGCAGCUUGUUCUAGUGCCGCGCCUGCUCUGCUGUCUCGAAGGCAGACCCGUGGCGAAUCAGAACGCCCAACUACGUGUAAUAACUCCGCUCCUUGGCUCUGUCGAGCUGCCAGAGUCCCAGGUGGACAGAGCGAGCUGGUUGAUGCUGCGGCAAAAAAGACGAGCUGUUGGCAGUCUCCUGCUGGAGUUUCUGAUCGACUUCCGGCGUUUGCCGUACAAGAAGCCCUCGUUCACUCCUACGCCUGAGCAUGGUGAGAAUCGAGUAGAUCCGGGCGGCUUGCAGGGCCUCACGCAUGCAUCCUACCAGCGUGCAUCAGCCGACUUGACUGUGUCGAAUGGCUAUUUCGACAAGCUGGAGGAGAUGAAGCUGGGUGCUGUGGAGUUCAUUGCAUCGGGUAUAUUCGCCGAGGAGGACGUGGCAUGCCAUCUGCUUGUGGCGUCCGCCGAUACACACCACAGCGUGGCUGAUAAAAGCGACUCGCAUCUAAAGCGCAUGGUUGGUCCAGAUAUCUGGGAGAAGGUGCCAGUUAUCACGGCUGUCUACAUGCUACUGUUGGGAUCCACAAUGAAUGUGCCGCUUGAUGAGGUCAUGUUAGGUAGCCAGGGUGAUACCAAAUCACCAACACACUGCUCAGUGGCAAGGGAUUUUGUGCUGUUGGCAAUCCUCACCGUACUGCAGCGCUCCACAGAAGCAGUGGAUCAGAUUGAGUUGGCCGUGAAGGCUUGUGCAGUCUGCCAUUACAGUACUCAGCUGAAGAUUCGAAUUCAGGGCUUGCUUCUACUACAGCACAUCUGUGAACAUUCAUCGGAGGAUAAUGCAACAAAGUAUGGUGCUAGCUUGUUCUCCUAUGUCUGCGAGCGAAUCAUGGAAGAUGAGAGCCUGUUGCUUUGCGUAGCCUGGCCCUAAUC